AUGUUCAAACAAUCGAGUCCUAGACUGGCAAGGCAUUUGACACGCCGGAGUCUUUUAAAACGUGGUGCACCUCUUGCACGUACGGAGAGGAGGAGGCUUAGGGCAUCAGAGCGUGAACCUAGUACAGUGCAGCCAGCAGAUGGCUCUUUUAAUAUUGAUCAGUUACUAGAGGCAUUGCCAAAACUGCCUGCCCACCAACAGGAUGUAGUGAGAUCAUUAUUAAAUAAUCAAGGGCCAGCUAAGGUUGAUAAACUUUUAAAGGAAUCAUAUCAUAUGGUUGGCUCAAAACAAGGGCCUACAGAACAGAGGAAAAUCAGCGCUGGUGGAAGAAUCAACCUCCGAAAUAAACUGAUCUACGACCCUGAAACUUCCCUGGAAACCCUUCAAGAAUAUUUUCCUCUUGUACUACAGAAUCCGACUGCAUUUGAUAAGCUAUUCUGGAAAUCGGUUGUCCAAUUUUAUAAAAUCACUAGAGCUCAGGGCGCUAAAGUUAGCGAAGAGUCGCCGCCACCAUACCAAUUUUUCGGUGAGUUAUUCGAAGUAGCAAAACUCCAAACAAACACUAGGAUUCGGUAUUCUUGUAUAAAGAUCGUGGGUGAUAUUCUGUAUUCAUAUAACACAGUACGGAUGGAUCCCUUCAACGAAGUCGAGUAUAUGGACAGCUUAUCAUACUUCGGCAAUUCGUAUCGUGCAAUCCAGAUAUGGAAAUCUCGACGAACAAAGAAAGAUGUAGAGGGUUCCUUGUACUGGUUAGAGGUAGGUAUUUUAUACCACCAGCAGGCUAAACUAUUAGCAAAAGCAGAAGGCCUAGCGGAAGAAAUGAUCCAGGAAUUUGGAUAUAUGCAACCAAGAGUUAUAAUAGGGUUUAUUAACUCAUAUGGUCCGACAGGAAACUCUCAGCUGAUUGAUAAAUGGGUAAACCAGCUGACUAGAGUAAUUGAGCUGAAUAAUUUUAAGUUGGCAAAUGAGAAGCUUUCGGAGGAAGCUGAAGAUAGAAUCGAUGCUGAGAGAGCAAGCGCUCUGUUUAAUCAAAUUAAAGCCCCUUCUGCUAGCGACUUGGAAAAAGUUGUUGCUCUGCUCUUGAAAAACCAAUUAUGGUCGCAAACUGCUGUUUUAAUAGAGUACAUGGAAAAAUGUGGUAUGAAAAACUCUGCUCACCGGAUGUUACAAGUUCUAGAUUCUACCACUAGACGAUUGGUGAACGAGGUCAAUACUCCCAAAACAUUAAUACCUAAGCAGUUUAGGCGGUCAAGAAGGUUGGCAGCUCCGGAAACAAAUAGACAGUUAAUGGUUGUUAUUAGCAAGAUCAUUUCUGUGUACCCCGAAGUUCUUGAAUAUCCAAAGUUUUAUGAAGCCUGGCUCAGGGGGCUAACUGGACUUGAGUUAUAUGACAAUGCAAUUACUGUUCUAGAAGCUAUGAUUGACAGAGGGAUAAAGCCGACUCCCCAGCAUAUAAUGUCCUUAACUCGGUCACUGUUAGGCAAAAACAAGAUCGAGAUUGCUUUAGAAUUAUUAGCGCGACUAGAAGAGAGCUCGUCAGAGUUUUCGCCUGCUCCAACCUCUUCAUUGUAUGGGCUCUUUAUCUCUUAUGGAGCAAGAAGAAGUGACCACGAGCUUGUCAGUGGAAUAAUCACAAGAAUGUAUUCUCAAGGGUUAGAUCAAUCGCCGCAAACUUUUAAUGCCCUGCUUUUCUAUUACUAUAGACAUAAGGAUUUUGAUUCGCUGUUUAAGCUAUUGGAGAGGGUGAAGGGACUUAAGGGUUUCGAUCUCAGUCAUGCCAACUAUCGCUCGAUUUGGAUGAUUCUGAGAGACUACUAUAAUCUCUUUAGUUUGAAAGCUUUGGCUGUAAAUGGGCAAACUAUGCCGCCCAAUAUUCGGGAACUAUUCAUUCAGAUGGUGCAAAGUGGGAAUUUCCGUUUAUCUAUGAAUGUUUUUGAAUAUGUUCUGCAGACGUUCCUAUUGGCUGGUGAUUAUGAGGGAGCAGUGGCUAUUUUGUGUUUUAUGGAUACAAUCACAAAUAUUAAAAUUCCGGGUGUGAUCACUGUGAGCGUUCUUCAAUUGGCAUCUAAAAUCCAUCAAAAGACAACAUAUGCGUUUUCGCGGCCGUCAAGAAAUGAGCUCAUUGUUGAGCCAGGAUAUGAAGCAGAGACUGCGUUCUCUUGGGAAAUGGUUGCCAAUAAAGUUUGUGAGACACUUGAGAUCGAUGGCCAGUCGACGAUUUCUGCAGCCAAACUUUUCGUUGAAAAAAUAGAGGCACCUAAUGAAUAUAAUAGACUAUCUGCCGCAGAUGGCUCUUGA